UCAAUUGUUGUUGAAUCGCCAAUCGAUCAAUCAAAUUUCUUUAAAAAAAACCAAGAAAAUGCAGUACAAGAAUCUGGGUCGAUCCGGUCUAAAAGUGAGCCAGCUUUCAUACGGAGCAUGGGUCAGCUUCGGCAACCAAUUGGAUGUCAAAGAAGCAAAAUCAUUACUCCAGUGUUGCAGAGACCAUGGAGUGAACUUCUUCGAUAACGCCGAGGUUUACGCUAAUGGUCGAGCCGAAGAAAUCAUGGGUCAGGCGAUCCGUGAACUGGGUUGGAAACGGUCUGAUAUUGUGGUUUCAACCAAGAUUUUUUGGGGCGGUUCUGGUCCGAAUGACAAAGGAUUGUCCAGAAAACAUAUAAUUGAGGGUACUAAAGCUUCUCUUAAACGAUUGGAUAUGGAUUAUAUUGACGUUCUUUAUUGUCACAGGCCUGAUUCAUCGACUCCGAUUGAGGAGACUGUGAGGGCGAUUAAUUAUGUUAUUGAUAAGGGUUGGGCGUUUUAUUGGGGGACUAGUGAGUGGUCUGCUCAGCAGAUUACUGAAGCUUGGGGAGUUGCUGAACGGUUAGACAUGGUCGGACCGAUCGUCGAGCAGCCUGAGUAUAAUUUGCUGUCUAGGCAGAAGGUAGAGUCAGAGUAUCUUCCUCUGUACACCAACUAUGGGCUGGGUCUCACCACUUGGAGUCCACUUGCAUCUGGGGUGCUCACUGGAAAAUAUACCAAGGGUGCCAUACCUCCUGAUAGUCGGUUUGCUUUGGAAAAUUAUAAAAAUCUUGCUAGCCGGUCACUGGUUGAUGACGUUCUGAAAAAGGUUCAAGCACUAAAGCCAGUUGCUGACGAACUGGGUGUGCCUUUAUCUCAACUUGCAAUUGCAUGGUGUGCUGCUAAUCCAAAUGUUUCAUCAGUUAUUACCGGCGCUACAAAGGAGUCUCAGAUAAUCGAGAACAUGAAAGCUAUCGAGGUCAUCCCGUUAUUGACUCCCGCCGUUAUGGAGAAGAUCGAGGCUGUCGUUCAAAGCAAGCCGAGACGUCCUGAUUCAUAUAGGUAAAUCACCUUAGGAGCACGCACAUUCACGUUUUCUGCGCAUUAUGAAGCAUCGGUUCUUGAUCAAUAGUGUUGUGUGCUGUACAAUUAAAUUAAGUUAUUUUGUCUUAGAACUUGAAGAAAUCCAGCCAACUCAGAUUGGACUUUCAUAUUUACUUGGUUUUUUCUCUAUUUGUCACUUAUGAUUAUUGGUGGAAUGAAUGUGGAUGAUGUUCAUAAUGCUGUACUGAUCAGAAUUGAUAAUUAUGGAUUGCUCCAUUUACAGGAAACAUUAAUCUUCCACUCA